AUGAAGCAUCGUGUUCUGCUUUUGUUAUCUGCAAAGUUUCAUGGCAGCCGCCAUAAGGCGGUGGAGGCGCCGCCCUGCUGGUCACAGCUGGUCACAACAACGACGGUAGAUGACUUAGUGGCGUUGUCUGCUGCAAACACGGCGUGGCAUACGCGCGUCGUCCCAAAACAUCCUUGUCCACUGGGCGGAUCACGGAUGGUAGCACUCUGGAGGUUUCUACAGUUUAUCAGCCUAUUCUACGGUUGGUUCCAGGCUUUGCCUCGCGAGACCAGAGUCCUGAUGCUCAGCGAGUCAGUAACAGCUUCUUGCAAGCCCAACGAAACUCUCUAUACCGACGAGGCGUCUUGCGCCACCAGGCACGACAGGGCCCCCAUUCCCAACAUUGCCCACUUUGUUUAUAUUCUGUCCGAUCCGGACAAUGGCACGUUUCCCUUCAAAUUCAGCCAUUUUCUAUCGGUAUAUGGCGCCUGGCGCCGCUGGCAACCGGAUGUACUAUACCUACACACCAACGUCGCGGCCAGCAGCAGUGCCGUUCUGCAAGCACGCGCCGGUGAGCAAGGCAAAUGGGCGCAGCGCCUUUUCAACAUGCCCGGCCUCGUUAUAAACACGAUUUCUGCGCCGACGCAUACAAACCGCGGACAAGAGCUCAAGCACAUGGAACAUCGGUCUGACUUUGUGCGCGUGAAAGUGGUGCACGACUUUGGUGGCGUCUACAUGGACAUGGACGUCCACGCGUUGCGCGACAUGCGGCCGCUGCGUGAGGCAGGCUACAAAGCUGUGGCGGGGAGACAAGGAGGUGGGUUGCUGAACAGUGGCACAUUCCUGGCGGCCAAAGGGUCCAAGGCAACCCGGAUGUGGAUGGAACGCAUGCACGAGGUGUAUGACGGCGGCUGGACGACACACAGCAACGAAGCGCUCACGACUUUGGGGGAAGACAUGAAGAUGUAUCCUUGUGAGAUGCUGAUGCUAGACCAGGCUGCUUUUGCACCUAUUGGUUGGAAAUGGCGCAGGGCCUGUGGAAGGCCUGCCCGAUGGCAGUGA